AUGAAGCCUUCCUUCGCUCUGCUGGCUGUGGCCGGUGCCGUCACAAACGCCCACUACCUCAUUCCUCGCGCCUCCUCAGGCGGUGUGUCGGCCACCGCAGACUGGCAGUUCACGCGCAUCACGGAGAACCACUACUCCAAUGGGCCCGUCACAGACGUCACGUCUCCCCAAAUGACUUGUUACGAGCUCAACCCAGGAACACCUGCUCCCCAGACACUGCCCGUGCGUGCUGGUGGCACCGUCAAGUUCACCAUCGCGCCCAACAUCUAUCACCCCGGCCCAGUCAACGUGUACAUGGCCAAGGCCCCCAGCUCUGCUGCCAACUUUGAUGGAAAGGGGAACGUGUGGUUCAAGAUCUGGGGAGAUGCGCCUAAGAUCACCUCGUCCUCCAUUGAGUUCCCCUCAAACGGCGUCUCGGAGAUGGAGAUCCCCAUCCCAUCUUGCAUCGCCAACGGCGAGUACCUCAUCCGCUUCGAGCAGACCGGCCUGCACUCGGCCUCGUCGAUCAACGGUGCACAGCUGUACCUCUCCUGCACUCAGGUCAGCGUGACGGGUGGAACGGGCACAUACUCGCCCAGCCUCAUGAGCUUCCCUGGGGCAUACUCUGCCACCGAUCCUGGGCUGCUCAUCAACAUCUACUGGCCGAUUCCUACAAGCUACACUUCUCCCGGUGGUCCGGCUCUGAAGUGCUAGGCGGCCUUUGGGUAGUCACACACGUACAUAGC